UUAGCUAUAAUAAAUCAAAUUCUUUCAGCUUCUUUAAUUCCAUGAUCAUGGCAGAAACCCAUUACUUUUUCAGACAUGCUCUAUUUCUUCUUACAUUCAUUUCCUGCCUUCAAAUUCUGUUUACUGAAGCAAGGUUAAUCAAAUCAACGAACAAACAAGAACUUGGCAGGUCUGUAAACUUGCACCGGGUCAAAGAUUCUCUGUCAGGACAAGAGCAAACACAAACUGACAGGUCCCGUGUUUCCGCUGCUCCGACGUCCCAGGAUGCUUUCCGGCCAACAACCCCCGGUGUUAGCCCAGGCGUUGGCCAUCACAAGGCGGUAGAACUCGCUGCUAGCUCGGACAUUGAACAUUCUUUUACAAGAUUUAAAGAUAACUACAAGAAUCAUCCUGAAAUUCAUAAAGAAUCGGUUUCAGAAACAGAAAAACUGCCAUCAACUGUGUCUGAAGCUUCUGCUGCCGAAUCGAAAGAUGAUUUCAGGCCGACUGCUCCGGGUUACAGCCUUGGUGUUGGCCAUCCGAAGGAAGUUUCCGGCAAUGAACAUUUUGUUGCAGGAAAUAAAGAUGAUUACCGACCCACACAGCCGGGUCAUAGCCCAGGAGUUGGCCAUUCUUAUCACAAUGCAGAACAAAAUCCAUAGAAUGCAGAUUAUUUCUUAACUGGGAAUAUUGGCUCAGUUCAGUCAGUAUAGUAAUGAUGCACGGAAACUUGUCGAGUACAUAUUUUAUCAAGUACCUGGCCGGAAAAAUGAUCGAGAAAAUAAAAAAAUAGUGGUAUAUAAAUGAUUUCUUCCAUUUUGGUAGACCGUGAAGUUCACAUAGUUUGAAUAAUUGUUGUUGUUAUUCUCAUUAACUGUUUAAUCACAUUUAAAUUAUAGGAUAAGCUGGCUUACUGUUUAAUAAAUAAAAAAAACUCAAAUAAUAAAAAUCUUUUUAUUGUA